CCCUUCUCUAAGGAAGCGCAUUUCCUGCCUCCCUGGGCCGGGCUGGAUGAGCCGCAGCUCCGCACAGCGAGGGUCAGACCCCAGCUUCCAUCGGCGCCGCGUCCCCGGCCAGGCCUGCUGCUGUCCACGCGAGCCCGGCACCCUCUCCCCGCCACCGGUCGGCCAGGAGCCCCGGCCCGGUUUUAAUUCUCUUGUCCACUUCUCCUGCCCCUUGGCCACCACCCAGAAGGCUGGAGCAGGGACGUCGUUGCUCCGGCCGCCUGCUCCCCUCGGGUCCCCGUGCGAGCCCACGCCGGCCCCGGCGCCCACCUGCAGCCCUGCCCCUGGACACUGGAUAAGGCCCAGCGCACAGACUCCCGGGUGGACAGCAUGGACCGYGGAACGCUCCCCCUGGUCACUGCCCUGCUGCUGGCCGCCUGCAGUCUCGGCCCCACAAGUCUGGCGGAAAGUGUCCACUGUGACCUACAGCCUGUGGACCCCCAGAGGGGAGAGGUGACAUACACCACCAGCCAGGUGUCUGAGGGCUGCGUGGCACAUAAUCCCAACGCUCUUCUUGAAGUCCACGUCCUCUUCCUGGAGUUCCCAAAUGAGUUGGCAAAGUUGGAGCUGACCCUCCAGGCCUCCAAGCAAAAUGGCACCCGGCAUCGGGAAGUGCUUCUGGUUCUCGUGGCGAACAAGAGCGUCUUGCUGCAGCUCCAGGCUCUGGGAAUCCCACUCCACUUGGCCUACAACCCCAAACUGGUCAUCUGCCAAGAGCUCUGGGGAGCCAACCACACAGAGCUGCCAUCCUUUACCGCCAAGAGCCAGAUCCUUGACUGGGCGGCUACAAAGGGCCCCAUCACCUCAGCUGCGGCGCUGGAGGACCCCAGCAGUGUCCUGCUGCGGCUGGGCCAAGAUGAAGAAACAGAGGCCUUGGGACUUGCACAGGGUGGCUCAGAAGCCCUGAAGUCACCAUCCUUCUGUUUGCUGGAAGCCAACCGGGACAUGGGCCGCACCCUCGAAUGGCAGCCGCGGGCCCCGGCUCCGGUCCGGGGCUGCCGGCUGGAGGGCGUGGCCGGCCACAAGGAGGCGCACAUCGUGCGGGUGCUGCCCGGUGCUGGAGCCCGGCCCCGGACCGUGACAGUGAAGGUGGAACUGAGCUGCACCUCCAGGGAUCCCGACGCCAUCCUCAUCCUACAGGGCCCACCCGACGUGUCCUGGCUCAUCGACGCCAACCACAACAUGCAGAUCUGGACCACUGGCGAGUACUCCUUCAAGAUCUUUCCAGAGAAGAACAUCCGCGGCUUUGUGCUCCCAGAUACACCCCAAGGCCUGCUGGGAGAGGCCCGGACGCUCAACGCCAGCGUCGUGGCCUCCUUCGUGGAGAUCCCUCUGGCCAGCGCUGUCUCGCUGCGGGACCCCAGCUGUGGUGAGCCAGCCCCUCUCCUGCCCCUUUCCCCUGCCGGCCUUGGAUCACUUGUCCUGGAAGUUUGGCCAAGUUGCACCGACCUCUCUGGGCCUCAUUUGCCACCCUCCCUGGCCCAGGCUCUCAGGUGCACCAUCACAGGCCUGACCUUCUGGGACCCCAGCUGCAAGGCUGAGGACAGCGCUGAUCAGCUCGUCUUGCGCAGCACCUACUCCAGCUGUGGCAUGGAGGUGACCACACACGUGAUCAGCAAUGAGGUGGUGGUCAAUUUCCUAUCUGGCUUAUCACCACUUCGGAAAAAGGUGCAGUGCAUCAACACAGAUGGCCUCUCCUUCCGGCUGGGCCUCUACCUCAGCCCACACUUCCUCCAGGCCUCCAGCACCAUCGAGCUGGGGCAACAGGGCUUUGUGCAGGUGGGCAUGUCCCCAUUGAUCCCUGAGGUCGUGCUUCAGCUUGACAGCUGCCACCUAGACUUGGGGCCUGAGGCAGACACGGUGGAACUCAUCCAGGGCCGGGCAGCCAAGGGCAGCUGUGUGAGCAUGCUGUCCCCCAGCCCUGAGGGUGACCUACGCUUCAGCUUCCUCCUCCGUGUCUACAUGGUGCCCACACCCACAGCUGGCACCCUCAGUUGCACUGUGGCCCUUCGUCCCAGGACCUGGUCCCAGGAAGUCCACAAGACUGUCUCCAUGCGCCUGAGCAUCGUCAGCCCUGGCCCGCCUGGCAAAGGCCUGGUCCUGUCCACCGUGCUGGGCAUCACCUUUGGCGCCUUCCUCAUCGGGGCCCUGCUCACUGCGGCACUCUGGUACAUCUACUCGCAYACGCGUCCCCCCAGCAAGCGGGAGCCCGUGGUGGCGGUGGCUGCCCCGGCCUCCUCUGAGAGCAGCAGCACCAACCACAGCAUCGGGAGCACCCAGAGCACCCCCUGCUCCACCAGCAGCAUGGCGUAGCCCCCAGCCCGGAACCCUGGGCGCCCCCCUGCCGGAGAGACUGAGCAGCCACCAGCUGGGAACCACUGGCCACCAACUCUCCCCAGGACCCCAGUGCCUCCACUCAACUGAGGACGGAGCAUGCUCUCUGCACCAGCCCUGCCCGCCCCCCUCUCAGGGGCCUGCUGCCAGCGGGGGCACCAACUUGGAACACCAUGGGGUCCCCCCACCCCAUUCCAAGAACCUCCAAACCCAGGGGCUCUGCGACACAGCUGCCCAGGACCACAGAGAUGACUGCCUCGUACGUCCACACUGCUGACAGAAACUCCAGUCCCAGCCAYUUAACCUGGAUGCUGCGCUGGCGAACUGUGCCGGGGCCCAGCCGCCCAGGCCAACAGCACCUCCGCCAGGGGAAGGAAAAGGGGCCCAGCCCAAGGCCACCUUGACCUGGUGCCCGUGGCCUCCACACCUGAACUGGUACAACUUUGGUGGGGGAAACAGAAGCCAAGAGGCGCCCGGUCUGAGAGUCCAGAAGGCAGCAAGAAUAGUGGGGUGAGGGAGCCUAGCUCCCCCCACCACUGCCACAUGGUGACCCCCUCCAGGCCACUGGACAGGCAGCAGGUGGAGAGUGGCCAGGCUGCUUGUCCUGGGCUCACCCCUGUAUAUUCACCAUCAAUAAAUCAGACCUGAAACCCG